AUGUCAGUGGCGUCCACUCCUGGCCGGUAUUUUAUUCCGCAUCAUGCCGUGUGUGGCGCCGAUGAAAAAUUCCGCGUAGUGUUCGACGCGUCCGCUUCGGUCGCUGAUGGCUCGUCAUUAAACACAUCGUUAUUUCCGGGUCCAAAGCUACAACAGGACAUCGUAGAUGUGCUCACACGGUUUCGUUUGUUCCGUCACGCAUUUACCACCGAUAUUUGUAAAAUGUACCGACAAAUUACGGUCCUUCCACAAUACCGUGCGUAUCAGCAUAUUCUAUGGCGAUCGUCUCCGCACCUGGAGCUCGUCGAAUACGAGCUAAAUACCGUGACGUAUGGCGUAAAUUGUGCGCCGUUUCUGGCGCUACGAGUUUUGCAAGAGGUCGCUGAGGUCGACUGCCACGGUUCCGCCCGCGUAUGCGACGCGUUGCGUCACCAGACGUAUGUGGACGACAUUUGUUACGGCGCUGACACUGUGGACGACGCGCUCAGUAUUCAAGUAGAGUUAACGGCUGUCCUUAACGGCGCGGGUUUUGAACUGCGAAAAUGGGCGAGCAAGUCCAUGUUGACAGAAUUACCUUUCAAAGACUUUGAAUGGGUUGAUGAUCUCGACAUAGAUGUAACUAAAAUUUCCGAUGAUUCUGAAGUAGAAUAUAUAUUAGAAGUUGAUAUCGAGUACCCUAAGCAUUUGCAUAGAAACCAUAAUGAUUUCCCGUUUUUACCGUUUAACGAAUGUCCACCAAAUUCAAAAGUUGAGAAAUUGUUAACUACUCUAUCACCGAAGAAAAACUAUAUUGUACAUUACAAAAAUUUGAAACAAGCAAUUUCUCACGGUCUUAAAGUAGUAAAAAUUCAUCGAGCUAUCCGCUUUUCACAAAAAAAAUGGAUGGCGUCGUACAUUGAAUUCUGUACAAAAAUGAGAGCAGGAGCAAAAAACGAGUUUGAAAAAAAUUUCUGGAAGUUGUUAAUUAAUAGUGUUUUUGGUAAAUGUAUGGAAAAUGUCCGAGCAAGAACUUCUAUAAAACUGGUUUCAUCAGAAAAAAAAGCGAAUCAACUAAUGGCAAAAACUAGUUUUAAAGACAGAACUAUAUACUCUAAAAAUCUCAUGGCUAUUCAUCAACAUAAGGAAACUAUUAAAUUCGAUAAGGCAAUUUAUGUAGGAUUUGCAAUUUUAGACGUUUCGAAAACAUUUAUGUACGAUUUUCAUUAUAAUGUCAUGAAGAAAAAGUAUGGUACUAAAAUUAGUUAUUUAUAUUCGGAUACUGAUUCCUUGAUAUACGCUAUUCAAACUAUCAAUUUUUUCAAUGAUUUAAAAAAUGAUUUAUUACCAUAUUUUGAUACAUCUAAUUACCCUAAAGACCAUUAUUGUUAUAGCGAAUUACAUAAAAGUCAACCAGGCUUUUUCAAGGAUGAAUUGAAGGGAGAAUUCGUAUCAUUAAGACCAAAAUUAUAUGCAUACAAAACUGUAGACGGUACUGAGGAAAAAAAGCAAAAGGAUAUACUAAACGCUUUUAUAAACCAUUUAUCUGUUAAGGAUAAAUUAACUCAUAGAACCAUGAAUUUUAUCCAAUCAAACAAACAUGUUGUUCAAUCGAAAACAAUGAACAAACUUGUUUUAAGCGCUGAUGACGAUAAACGUCAUAUAAAUGAUGACGGGAUAAAUGCUUUAGCUUAUGGUCACUAUAAACUGGAUAAAUUAUGUAAUGAAGGAAAAAAGAAUUGA